AUGGAGCUGACUCAACGGUUGGAGAGUACACAACAAACUUUUGGAAAUACUUCUGAAAUACGGUGUCCUGAGCAGAUUGGUUUCUUAGGAAUAUGUGGAACUAAGUAUCCAGUUGUGAAAGGGCCAAACAAAAUAGGUAGAGAUCCCCAAACAUGCAAUAUUGUUCUAAAUCUAAAUUCCAUAUCCCGUCAACAUGCUGUGCUCAAUGUUUUAAAUAAAAAUAAUUUCAUGCUGAUGGACCUUGAUUCAGCAAAUAAAACAAAAGUGCAAGAUAAAACAUUGGAUCCUUACAUUCCCCAAGUGUUACAAAAUGGAGACACUGUUCAGUUCGGUCAAGUAUUUGGAAUAUUUAGAUUGCUGGAAGAUGAAACUGAUCUGCCAAUGACACAAGCUUUAGAAAUCCCUGAAACUCCUGUUGUGAAAAAGCAUUUGUCUAAAAUAAACCACACUGCUAUAAUACCAGAAUCGCCAGAAGUCAGUGAUAAGGAUGACUCUUUUAUUACUCCAUCACAACCACAAACAGUUAGUAAACACUCAAAUAAUAAUUUUGCUAAGCCAUCUGGAAAACCAGCUUUCAAUCAUCCAGGUGGUCUACAUGGUACAGAAAAUAUUAAUUGGAAUACUUCAAAGAAAUCAAAAUCAUUUCAAUUUGAUACUUGUCUUAAAAAUGUACAAAUUGUUUCUGUUAAAUCAGAAGUCACUAUCAACCAAAAAGGAUUUCACGAAUUGCAUACACAAUUUACUGAUAAAAGUAUUGACAAUAAUGAAAACAAUUUGUCUAUUUAUGAAGCUAAUACACAAUUACCUCAUGAAGAUAAACUGAACUAUUCUAGUCUUACAAAUGAAACAAAGGCCAUAAAUGGUAACAAAGAUAUUCAUGAUUUAGAUACGCAAAUUCCUGAUAACUGUAAUAACCCCUAUGAAUACAAUGCCUCUGUUUUUAAAGCAAACACGAAAAUACCUGAUGAUUUUUACGACAUGGAGACCCAAGUUCAUGCUGAAGAAGAUUUACCAAAUGUUUGGACAAAAAAGACAUCAGUAAAUAUGGAACUUGAUAUAAACAAAGAUAUUAGUAUAUUUGAUGCAGAAACGCAGCAAUUUUUUAAAGAACCAAAUCCAAAAAACCAAACUGUAAAUGAAAAAUGUAGAAGUCAUGAAGCCUCUGAUGAUAUAAUCCUUUUUGAUGAAAUUAGUAGCCAGUCCAUGGAAGAUAAUUUGGAUUCACAAGCUAUUUUGCCAUCUAGUCCAAAUACGAACUUAAAUGCUAAUAACUUAAGUAAUUCAAAUGUACUUGAUGAGAAUAUUAUUAAGUCAAACGGUCCAGAAAAGGGGCCAAAUAUUAAUGAUUGCGAUGAUUUUGAUAAUUUGCCGACACAAAUUAUUACGACUAAAUCUCCCGAAAGAAAUGGGGACCACAUUGAUGAUGUAGAUAUUUUACCAACUCAAAUAAUUGUAAUAGAAAACAAUACAACUAACGUAAAUCCCCAAAGAAUUUCUAACAUCACAGAUGCAGACGAAGAUAUAACCGACUGUGAAGAUAAUUUAGAUCACGAGUCUACAAAAGACAAAGACACAAAAUUCGAAGAUUUACAAACACAAAUAAUAUCAGAGGAUCUUGAAAAUGGAAAACCCAGUGAUGCUUCAAACUGUAACUUUGAAGACAUGUUAACACAGGUAAUAGUACCAGAAGAAGAUACAACACUUAAAUGCAAAGUCUUAAAGCAAAUUACAACUUUCAACAAUAACUUUAAAGUACCGAAACCUACCCCACGAAAAGCUAAAAGACAAAUGAACCUAACAGAAUAUUUAAAUAAACCAAAUGCUCUCAAAAACAAACCUGGGAUUUCUGAAGAUGAUGACCCGAACUAUUACGCAGCUACACAAGAUAUUAUUGGAGAUUUAUGUACACAGACAGAUCCAAAAAACAAUACUAAAGACUUAGAUGAUUCAGGUGGUGAAAAUAAAAUCAAUGAAAUGGUUUCUCUUUUAUCCAGUCAAGAAGUAAGAGAUAUUGUUGGUGUUGAAAAAAAUUCAAAGCUUAAAAGAUUUCCCAGUGACAGUUCAGAUUGUGAAACUACACCCUCUAAACCAUUUAAAUUUAUGUGUACUGAUUUACCAAAUAGUCAAGAAAUAAAAACUAGUAUUACUGCUCAAAGCAAGACCAUCACAGAUGUAUUAAGUGAUUCUGAAUCCGAAAAAGAGCCUGAAGAAGGCACGCCAAUAUUAUUUAAAAAGAAGAAGAAAGUCAGUGAAGUUAAGCUAGACUUAUUGCGGAAGUUCGAUGCAGACGAGUUGCCUACUAGAAUUUCUAUGAGAGUAAAGAAAGCGCCUAAAAAAUUCUCGAACAAUUCUAUAAUUGUUAAUGAAACUAUUCUGAAGUCGCAUUAUAUUCCAGAUCAAGAGGAAAACAUUGAUGCAGACAUAGUUACUGAAAAUAUCUUGCGCCUUAAAAGUGAAAAGACAAGAAAGUCAGCAGAUGCUUCCAAACUUAAUGUUACCACAGAACCAGAAGAAAUUCCCAAACGAGAAAAAAGGAUAACAAGAAUCAAAACCGAAGAACCGACUACCUCAAAGGAAACUAAAACAAAGAGAACUUCAAAAUCUAAAGAUGACAAAGUUAGUGAGAAAAUUAAAGUCAAAAUAGUUAAACCUACAAAGCGCGGACGACCAAAAAAAGAUAAGGCAGAAGAAAAACCAGAGACAAUAGACGAUGGUGGCUCUAUUACACGACAACCGAGAAGUGAGUCCAAAGUAAAUCCUAAAGGGAUACUUAAGAGACGUAGUUCAUACAAUGAUAUAUCCAAUGAAGUAGAAACUGAACCGAUCAGGAGAAGUCUAAGGCGAAAAUGUACGAAGGAUGGCGACGAAAGCGAAGUUUAUAGUUCGUCUAAUAAUUCGCCUGGACUUAAAAGAAAUGCGAUUGCUAAUGUUGAACUACCCGCUAAAAAAUAUAGGCCGGCAACCUCACUUGGGCUGGUCACAAAUUUGAGAGCAACCUCAGCGAGAAAACAGAAAACCCACUAUGUACUGUUCACUGCAUUUCCCGCUAAUGAAGUGAAAGGCCAAUUGGAGAGAUUAGGCGCAGUCCUUGUUACUGACGUAAAAGCAUGUACAGUAGUGUUGACGCUACAGAUAAAACGGACAUUUAAACUGUUAUGUGCGGUGGGGCUUGGGAAGCCUGUAGUUGGGCGGCAGUGGGUUCAAGCCUGCAUCGAUAACAACGUUCUUGUUGAGCCAUGGUACUACUUGAUCCAGGAUGAAGUGUCCGAAAAAAGGUUCAAUUUCAACCUGAAGCGAACGUUGAAUAGCAAAAGAAACUUUCUCAAGGGCCUAUACAUCUCUGCCACACCUAGUGUUAUGCCUAACGCUCAGGAGAUGAAAUUGAUCGUAGAGUGUUCGGGAGGCAAGUGGAAAGAAGCUUUAGAUGCUCCCAAAUCAAAAUGGCUGGUUGUAUCGACACCCGUUGAUAAAGCAUUGUGGCCCGCUUUUAAGAAGAAAGGUGGUAUUAUCGUUUCCAACGAAUUGGUUCUCGAUGGAGUUUUAAAACAGAAAUUAGAAAUUGAAAAGAAUAGAUUGGAUUAA